AUAGUAACAGACGAUGCAGUUGUGUGAGCGUCCAAGCAUCAAAGUCCCUCCCCUGCCUCAGUUUGGACAAACUUCACAGCGUUGAAGAGUAGCCUGUGUGUGUGUGUUUAUUACCUCAAAUACUUGGAACCAAGAGAUUACUCCCCAUAACUGCAGUGGUCGAGACUAGAUUAUCAAUCAUCUGCUAACCGUGGCUUUACUAAACUUCUUUUGGAUAGGCAAUCUUUGGACGGCCUGGCACAAUAUCAAUACGUUAACGUUCGUUAGUUAACGCCAUUAAGUUACAGAUAGCUGUCAUUUUCCUGGUUGAGCAACGAUGAAGACAACGUUACAGACUUCACAAAACUGAGUGCUGCCCCAUGUGGACGAAGUGAGUGAAGUGUUGUGCCCAGUGUGUGUGCGUGUGUGUGUUAGUGUGUGUGUCUGGUGUGGGGGGUGAUGAGAGACGUCAUGGCCACCCUCAGCAGUAUCUCGGCCUCUGGGGCCGUCCGAAGGUCACGACCCAGAGAGGGGCGCCCACUGAAGAGUGCUACUCAGACAGCAGGAGACGUGGAGGCUGAGGUGGGGGUGGGUGACGAAGGGAGCACGAUGAUGGAGAAGACGCAGGAGUUCUUCCAGAUAUGCGACAUCGAGAACAAGGGCUUCAUCUCCCGACGGGACAUGCAGAGGCUGAAUGGAGAACUUCCUCUUAGCGCGGAUGAGCUAGAGAACGUUUUUGACACUCUGGAUGCCGAUGGCAAUGGAUACCUCACCCUGGACGAGUUCUCUUCUGGAUUCAGUGAGUUCCUGUUCGGCCAGGGAGUGUCCGUGUCGGAGCUGGGGGAGGAGAUGUCUGUCUCAGGAGCUCCCCCUGAGUCGCUCUACCAGAGCCACUGGGAGGAGCAUCUGACGGGGGGAGGCGAGGAAGAGGAGGAGGAGGAGGAGAGGCACUUCUGCAUGCUGAUGGAGAGCCUGGGGGCCAGUAACGUGUUUGAGGACCCAGUUGAGAUGCGUAGUCUGUGGGCACAGCUGCGGCGAGAUGAGCCUCACCUGCUGGCCAACUUUGAGGAGUUCCUAGCGCGGGUCACCCAGCAGAUCAAGGAGGCCACUCAGGAGAAGCGAGAGAUGGAGAGCGCUCUCAAGAGGAAAGCGGCGACACAUGAUGACGAGAUUCAUCGUUUGUACGAGGAGAUGGAGCUGCAGAUCAAAAAUGAGAAGGACCGGAUCAUUAUGCAGGACUCGGAGCGGUUCCUGACGCGCAGCCAGGAGCUGGAGCAGCAGCUGUCCAGUAAGGAAAGCGAGCUGGACCACCUCUUCCAGAAACAGAGGAGGUUGGAGGGCCAGUGCAGGGAGCUGAGUAGCGAGCAGCAGGAGACGCGGGUGGAGAACGCCAAGCUGCGCCAGACAAACGAGGAGCUGCAGCAGGAGCUGGACCUCACCGCCCAGGAGCUGUCGCUCGCGCAGGAGCAGCUCGGCCUCCUGCAGGAGCAGGCAUCACAGCUACAUGAGGAGAGAGAGCUUGAGAUGUACCGAGUCACUGAAGGUCUGCAGAGGGAACGGGCCAGUCUGCUGAAACAGCUAGACCUGCUGAGGGAAAUGAACAAACACCUUCGGGAUGAGAGAGAUAUGUGCUAUCAGAAUCCCAAGAGUUUGUCCUGGAGUCAGAGAUCGGCUUCCCUCAGCUCCAGAUACUCCGAGCGGCAGGCGUCCUUAAAGAGUGAUACAGAGGAAGAGGAAGUCCCGCCCCACUCUAAGAGGAAGAGCAUGAUGGGAUUGAAUGGCCACAACGCACUCCCUGGGCAGGAGAACCUGCCCCUCAGCAUUGCUCCGCACAAACACCUGCAGCGCAUCAUCUCCAUAGAGGAGGACCACCUGCCUGACCUCCUGCAGGAGGAGCCCAGGACUCAGCUCCGGCAUUGGAGCGAGGAGGAAGGGGAUUUGGAGGAGGGCAUUGACCUGCAGAUGAGUAACAUCUACCCACCCAGGUCCAGCACCCCCAGCUCUGAGAACCGUCGCUCUGACACCCCCAUAUCCCCCCGCCACCAGCCCAUCGGCAAGGAAACCGCAAGCAGCGUUGAAGGGACGCCCUCUGCUGCUCCAGACCGUCUCUUUAAGAUCGUUCUGGUGGGAAACUCAAGUGUGGGGAAAACGUCCCUGCUGCGCCGCUUUUGCAACGACAGCUUUCACCCCGGCACCUCAGCCACAGUAGGUAUUGACUACAGUGUGAAGACCAUUACUGUGGAUGGCAGCCAGGUGGCGCUGCAGAUGUGGGACACAGCGGGCCAGGAGAGGUAUCGCAGCAUCACCAAACAGUUUUUCCGCAAGGCGGACGGAGUGGUGGUCAUGUAUGACAUCACAGCCCAGCAGACGUUCACUGCAGUGCGACAGUGGUUGACCAGUGUGCAGGAGGGGGCAGGUGAGGACAUUCCCAUCAUGCUCUUGGCUAAUAAAACUGACCUGGAAGGGAAGAGAGAGGUGCAGGGCCGCAUGGGCGAGUCAUUAGCCAAGGAGCUGCAGCUCAUUUUCUAUGAAUGCAGUGCUUACUCUGGUCACAGUGUGACUGAGGCCAUGGUCCACUUAGCACGCCUUCUGAAGGAGCAGGAGGACAGGGAGAAGGAGAAGACCGUGGAGCUGCAGGGGAGCCCCGCAAAGAAGAGGUCCUGCUGCUAGCGCUCCUCCAGCAAGUAGCCUACAGCCCAGCACCCCCAAAGGCCCCCCCCCCGCAAGCACACUCACACAACCACCACGUCCACCUGGCCCUGCAAACUAGAACGUCCCCCACUGUGGUCAGCGUUCGCUGUUCUGUGUACGGAGAACGUGAACUAGGCUAGGAAGUGACAAGGCUUUUAAGUGGACCUGGCCCAUAUCUGGUGAUCUGACGUGACCGAAGCUGUUCCAGAAUCAGUUUGGGUCUAGGCUAGAGACCUGUGGGCACAUGGUGUUGAUGGUUGUGUAGACGUUUGGGGUAUACUCUCUUUUCACCUAUUUACAUGGACACGAUUGAAAUUAUUUAAUGUGGUCACAAACAGUACAGACCUCUUCUUUUGGAUUUCAAAUUGCCAUUUGCUCGGCUGCAGUUGGUAGUUGUGAACUCAGUGUAGUUCCGGUAUAACCAGCUAACAGGAGCAGAUGGGAAAGGUUUUGUUUUCUCAAACAAAAAACACAAACAAAAAGUAAUUACAGCACAUAACCCUCUUAACUUAUAUGUUACGCUAAAUGCCUCUCAAGUUUUAUCUUUUUCUUUGUGUUUAUAAAUGUAAAAAAAUAUUUUUAGAAAUUUGUGAAAAACAUGUUAACACUUAAGCAGUACCCAGACACAUACACAAACACACGCACACACACACACACACACACACACACACACACACACACACACACAUAUAUAUAUAUAUAUACACGCACACACACAAACACAUGCUAAAGACACAAACGGUACAUGUGUGGCUUUCAACAGCUCAUCCCUACAAAUGAUCCACUCUGGGCUUAUUUCCCUAAUCCUUAUUACAUUUUAUAACUGAGACGCUCCUCUAAUAAUAAGACUUGUCUGUGUAAUUGAUGCCUAAUGUGGAUUUAAAUGAUGUUUGCUGGAGCGCACUGCACCGAGGAGACCCAGAGAUGAAGAAUGUGUUUGUCUGCGUGUGUCUGUCACGACUUGAGACACGCAGACAAACAGUUGUGUUCAUUUUGAGAAUUGUUGUGGGCUUUUAACACACAGUCUGAUCACGCAGUUGGUUGCCUUUGUCUUACAAUGUGCUCACAAUGUGUCAGCGGGAACAAUAUGGUGUAACACUUUCAGUAAGUUGUAAACACGCAAGCACCAAAGUGUCAAAGUAUUAAAUGUGAUCUUUGGUGAGUUUUUAUUUAAUAUUCCAAAGUUGUAUACUGGCCAAAAAGCACGAGGGGUUCGAGUUAAAGUCAGAAAGUUAAAACUCUGUAGAGUCUGGUACGGAAGGCUAGUAAUAAAGUCUCAUGGGAAAGCCCUUGAUGAUUUGUAUGGGUUUUAUGAAGGAUACUUAGGAAGAAGCUUUAAGAUAACACGUCUCGUUUGUACGUGUAUGUGGGGUGUGUGGGUGAUACUUCAGAGUAGUGAUUACAUUACCUACUCCGUGUGUGUGUGUGGGGGGGGGGAUGAGACUUCAUAGUGACUACAUUACCAGCUCCUUGUCAGACAGAGAAACAACUUCCUAAACUGUAAGGCCUGUUUAUUUAUUCAUUUUGUUUGUUUGUUUGUUUGUUUGUGUAACAGUAGCUAAGCGGCAUUCCUUAAUGGAUUCUCUCUGUCAUCCACAGUGAGUGGUGUGUUGUCGUGUAUUCUGAUGUACACCUAGUACUACCUUAGCUCCCCAGAUUGCUGCAGAUUCAGACAGAUUUGUUCUGACAACAGUCAGUCCUGGUGGUGGCAGGUGUCGGGGUGUAAAUGUAAUGUUUGUGUGCGCUGUAAAAAACGGUUAGCGCACUCAGUGCACUGUACAGUAGGUCAGUCAAGUUAUCUUUGUUGCUUUGAGUUAUGUCCAUGUGUAGUUUUGAGUUUAUAGAGUGCUAAUAUUUUUUCAGUGAGCGCUGAACACUGUGUAUUUGCACUUUGGCCACAUUAAACAAAUUCAUCUCUCA